UUUUAGAUUUAAAAAAUUUUUCUUGAAAUCUUUUUCCUACCUAUUAUAAUUUUUUUCAUGCUCAAAUUAUGAAUCUCGUGAAAUUGCUCCGUGCGACAUAUCACAAGGACACUUUCUUGGGCCAUUUGUGCUCAUACUUAACCUAACCGGGUUUUAAAUAAGUCAAAUUGAAAGGGGAUUCAAUCGAAACGUUUUGCUUUGAAAUACAACUGUUUUUGUCGCUUUAUUAACGGUAAAAAGACAAUAUCAACGAUAUUUCCAAGGGAUUAUGUCUUUGACAUACUACCUGUUCUUGGUAGUGCUGCUUGCAGCAGUACAUUCAAAUGCAAGAAAAUGGCAUCACAAUGCAUACAGCAACCAAUACAUGCUGCAUCGCAGGAACGGCAUCACACAGGAUGAUAGUGCAAAGAGAGCAUCAUUGCCGAAUCUUAACGUGCUCAUCAAUGGAAAAGAAAAUGGAGUUGAAUUUGAGAUUGCAGGAUGCAAAGUCAAACUCACUAUUGAUGGAGAAUGCAAAUUUAAGCUCUCGCCAUCUCCAGACUCAUGCGGAGGAAAGCUGCCAUUGGCUGGAAUUUUGAAUCACUUUUUACCAAACAACAAGCUUGGAGAGAAGUCAAAUACAUUCAUCUUGCCGGAUAAGUUCGACCUUGAAGCACUGCAGAUCGACAAAUGUAAAAGCACGAUCGAGUUCAAGACCUCUUCUCGUGAAAAGCUUGAUCUCAUUCCUGGAAAACUCUCCAUGGAGGGUGUGUCAUUAAAAAUGAAACUGAAUUAUAAAUCUGGCGUUGUUGACUGGGAGCUUCUUGAUUUAGACAUUAGUGCAUCUGUGACAAUUGCAGAGAAGAAAGUACCAAUAACAGCAAAGAAAAAGGAGAAGGAGACAUCCAUCAGCUUUUCAUUCAAAACAGAUGACCUGAAGGUUCCAAGUCUUACUGGGAUGUUCUCUAAAAAAGCAGCCUCGCCUCCAGAUUCUGAUGAGCAAGUAUCUUCAAAAGUGAUGGGUUUGACGAUCAAGAAACCAUCCGUAUCAGGGGUGUACGACACAAAAGGUUUUUUUGAAAUUGUCGCUAGUGGAGAGCCCGAUUCUGCAGCAUUCAAGAGUGCCUCCUUCUUUAUCAUUAUCCAGAAACCAGAAGAUGAUGAUGUGAAAGUGGCAGUGAUGGCCAAAAUGAACCUAUUUUCACCAACCAAACUGCUAACUGAAUUAACAGGAAAAGAUCUGACCAAGAUUCCACUUCUCAAAGAGCUUGUACUUAAUUUUGCCUUUGCCAUUUCAAAUGACGACUUUGUUAUCAUCAAGAAUGAAGAAUUCAACAAGGCUAUUUCAGGUGUUAUCAAAGGAGAAAAGACCAUAGAGAAAGGCACUAAGCUCCAUCUUGAUCUGCCUGUUAAAGAGAUGUUCAAAAAACUGGCACCAGACCUGAAUACAGACAGCUUUCCAGCUUCGUUAUUUGUUAAAGCCACAAUCAACAAAGAUGGAGUGAAAUUCAAAUUCCCAGACGAAUGGAAGUCAGAUUUGCUUCAAAUUCUUAAAGGACUCGCACCAAAACUGAAAGAAUAUAUCCCAAAAUGGUUAAAAGGCGAUGGCCCCCCUAUUGUGGUAAUCAAUGAUUUCUCAUUUGACUACAAGACAUUGGCCUUUGCUAUAGAUAUUUCAAUGGACGGUCCUUUUAAACUUGGCAAGAUAUUGUCGCUGUACAAUAUUUCUCUGAAAGUCAGUCACAAGGGCGAGGAUAAGCCUUACGAAUUUUCUUUCAGUUCUUCCCAGACUUUGUUUGGGGAAACGAUGCUAGUUACCAAACUCUCAAAGAAAGGAGGAACGUAUGAAUUUGACGGCUCAAUUAGUUCUAUUUCAACUGGACAGCUUAUCAGAGCACUUGGUGUCAAAUAUCUUAGCGAGGAAACAAUGAAAAAACUCAGUUAUCUAGACUUUGGAAUGUGUGACGUCAAACUAAAGGCGAAAUUUGGUGACACAUUUUUCAUAAGCUUUAAAGCAACUCCAAUUCUUUUUGGAUGGGACGGUUUGAAAGUCGAAGGAAUUAUGUACGAAGAUGGCGCUUCUCCGGUGAUGGCGAUGGGGAUUUCCAUUGAAAAAAUAAGGCUUGACGAAAUAGUAGAAAAACUUUUCAACAAGAAACUUGCAGGGAUUACUUGGUUAACGGAGCUCAAUGUUGUGUUGACAAUGAGCACAACAGACGCAACGGCGAAAAGCAAAGAUUUGAAGUUUGAGAAUCCAAGCAUGAAAGAAAUUGGCAUCAAAAAAGGAAUAAUCUUCAGAGCUGUGGCUAAGAUUCCAACUGACUGCAAAGGGGAUCAGUUGUGUGAAGUCAGCAAAAACGUCACCAGUGCUGAAAAGAAAGAAAGAAGUUUGAUAAUUGAAGGGAAGAUAACGCUUGACGGGGUGGAACUACGGGGUAUUUACGAAGGAAAAUGGAGCAUUGGAAAGAACGUCCAAAUUCCAAAAGUUGAACUUGUGUUGAAAAUUGGAAAGGAAACCAAAGUUUAUUUCCAAGUAAAUGUCAACAUUCUAGAACCAAAAUUGGAGUUGGAAGGCACCGUUGGUAUUGGGGGAACUGGCUCUUUGCAAUUGUCAGCAAAAAUGACUGGCAUCUGGGACCAAGCUUUUGGCAUCAAGUUCUUGUCAUUUGGGAAUCUCGCAGCUAGUAUUAGCAUUUUACCAGGCGUCGCAGUGACAGAUUUUGCUUUUGAAGGGGAACUCCGACUUGGUUACCUCCCUAAGAAAGAAGAAACAAAAAGAGCAGCUUCCAAUCAGAUAACAUCAAAAGCAGCAGUUGGAAUCGACGGCGUGAACCCGGCCAACAACUAUUUCUACGCCCAAGUGAGUAAGUUUACGCUAAGUGCCAUAGUCGAAGCAUUUGGUUUGGACAUUCAGCUUCCAAAAGCAUUGAUGGACACCGGCUUUCCGGACGGAGUGAUCGUUUCAUUCACACUUUCACCAAAAGGAAAAGAACUCAAGCAACUUAAAACAAAGAUUGAAAACGGUUUUAAAUUCCAAGGAAAGAUACGAAUUUUGGGAUUUGAAGUCUACGUUGACUGCAGCAUAGCAUACAACCCAGUAAAAUUCUCUAUUCUUGUGGAAAUGUCGCCAAUCAAGAUUGGUGGUGGACUCAUUGCACUGCAAAAGUCAAAGAACGAAGCAGACAAAGGUCCGAUGCUUCAAGCAUCAAUUGCUGCAUCUGCAGUGAAAAUAAAAAUCAAAGCUUUUAUAACAGUGUUGGGAAUCUCUGCUGGAGCGAGUAUUGAUGUUUCUGAUAACGGAUUUGAAUUUGCUAUUUCUGGAAAUCUCUUUGAUGUCGUACAGGCUGAUUUGAAGAUCAAGAGCAAAUACGCGGACAUCAAAUCAGCAUCAUUCCAUGUUUCUGCGUGUAUAAAAACUGGUCCAGAUGUGAUACAGAAAGCUGUUAAAGAGGAUCUGACAGAGGCUGGAAAGGCAGCAACUGAAACAAUGAACGAGGCAAACGAAAAAGUAGCUGGCAUUGGCAACCUCUACUUGGACUCUAAAGAGGGCGUGUCAAAAAUGGACAAAGAAAUCGAUGAUUUCAAAGGAAAGUUAAGAAAGAAAGGAGAUGGAAUAAGCGAAGCAAAACGUAUACUUAAUGAGAAGUGUAUUGAUCAAUGCUCCACGGAAUGUAUCGGAGGCCCGGAUUGGGAUCCAAAAUGUUUAGAGGUUGGCGGUGGUUACGUUGGUUGUCCAGUUUGGAACGAUUGCAAAUUCAAGGCACCAAAUUAUGAAUGUAUAGCGAAAUGUAAAGGAAAGAAGGGAUUUUCCUUGUUGAAAGCCAAGGGCAAGCAAGUUGCAUUGGAGGCUCUUCUGAAGAUUCUGGAAGGAUUGAAAAAACUGUUUAACAUUGGUAAAAAGUUCUUUGACAAGUCUAGGAAGCUUUUAGAUACGGCUAAAUCGGUACUGAAUGAAGCCAAGGAAAAACUGAAGGCUGGUCUCGAUGCUGCUAAAGCUGCUGCUUCUACAGCCAUUGAGAACAUUGUUCAGAUCCAUUCGAUGUGCUUUGAAUCUGGGUUAGACGAAGCUGCCAAGGCCUGUGUUGGAUUGAAUAUAAACGCAACAUUCUUCAAAACAAAGAAAGUAGAAUUUGACACGAAAGGAUGUCUGGAUGUAAGUUUUGCCAAGCAGAUUGCUCAGGCAAUUUCUGACAAACUAUACCCCGGUAUAAAGCACUAAAGGGAGCUAUUGGUGGCCUAAAAUCAAAGUUUGGACUAAUUGAGAACGAGAAGGACAAUGUUGAAGUAGCAGUCGAAGAGGCAAAAGCUGCAUGCACAGAUGGCGAUAGUGAAUCCUGCGAGAAGGCUUCAGCACGUGAUGUCAUUUGGUCAGAAGAGGAGCAUUACUACAAGAAAUUGGCUUACGAGCAGCUGCCAAGGUUCACUUUGAGAGACGAUGCAACGCUUCGACUUUUUGAUUGGGAUCCGCCAUCGAUGAAAGCUGCAAAUGAUGACCCUAUGGCAAAGGCGAAAAUCGAAAAACCGAAGGGUGUUGUUCAAGUCUAUAAGAAGAGAGAAUCCGUUGCAG